AUGGGUUUGUGUUGUUGUUGGGUUGUGGGGGUGGAGGUGGGGGGGAUUUGUGUGAAGUAUUUGGGGGAAGAGUGUGUGUAUGGUAGGGUAGUGGGUGUGGUGGUGGGAAUAGUUAGUUGUGGUUGUGUGUGUUGUUUUGUGUGUGUUUUUGGGUUGUGUGUGUGUUGUUGGGAUGAGUGUGUUUUGUUGGGGUUGUGUGUGUGUUGGUGGGUUGUGGUUGUGGAUUUGGGGGGUAGUGUUUGUGUUUUGGGUUGUGUUUGUGGUGUUGGGAGAGUGUUGUUUGGUUGGGGGUUGGUGGGUGUUUGGUUGGUUGUGUGUGUGGUGGUAGGUUGUGGGUGUGGUGGUUGGGUUGUGGGUGUGUUUUUGGGUUGUGUGGUGUGUGUGUGUGGUUUUGGUUUGGGAUGUUUGUGGGGUUGUGUGUGUGGUUAUGGGGAAGAGGUGAGUGUUAUGAUGGGGUUGUGUGAGUGGUGGAUGGGUUGUGGGUGUGUUUGUUGGGGGUUGUUGUGUGAGUUGUUGGGGGGUUGUGUUAGUGUAUGUUGGGGGGAUAGAGUGGAUAGAGUUGUGAAGGUGGUGUUGUGGUGUUGGGUUUGUGUGUGUGUUUGGUUGUGUGUGUGUGUUUGGGUUGUGGUUUGA